UUUGGUAAUUCUGCACCACAGGAAAAUUUUAAAGUUGAUAAAAAAGAAGAAGAAAAUACGAUGAAACAACUUUUAAGAGAUGAUUUUAUAGACGACCCAAACUUGGAGCCAGAUUUUGAGAAGUGCCCAAUCACACUGCCUCUUUUGAACUGUAAACAAGACCCUGGAUUGAAAAAGAGAUCUGAUCAAAAGCCAAUUGAUAAGAAAGAAAUCACCACACUCACGGAUGUAUUUUGUGAUGCCGCCAUUCCAGAUCCAGGAUUUAUCUUCUUACAGCUCCCAAAUAGCAUGCCAGGUCUGAAAACGGAGCCUCAAACGGAUGGAUCUAAACACAGUUCACAGCCUGCUACUUCUACGUUGCAGCCAACGGAAACUAAGCCAGAGAAUGAGAGGUGCCUGCUGAAGACACUACCUGGGGGACAAAUCGGCAAGCUGCAGAUCCUCAAGUCUGGUCGAGCGCGGCUCGUCUUUGGUGACAUCAAGAUGUGGCUUGAGAUGGGCACUCAAGUAGCUUUCAAGCAAGACUUGGUGUCGGUGGAGCUAGACAAGGACACACAUACAGGACACAUGAUGAACCUAGGUGCUGUCAAUGUGCGCAUGAUCGCUACCCCGGACUGGGAGGCUAUGAUGGCUGCAGCUACUACUUCCUCUACUGACAAACAGUCCACGUGACAUUCUCAACCACUGUCUUGGUAACAAUCAAUGCUUUAAGCUUUGCUACCCAUUCUUCAGAUGCUUACAAAUACAGUUUUAAUUUUGUAAAUUGAUAUUUAUUUUGUAAAGUAAGCUCGGAUAAGUACAUGUCAAAUCAGGCCUCAAUAUCAUUAUGUAGAGUGGAAAAACUGAAUCAGCUAAAAUAUAUUAUAUUUUUUUCUACAGUCUUGAUGAUUCAAAAGUAAUCCAUACUAUUAUAUAUUUGGAAAUAAAAAGUAAUAUGGUCUAUUUGGUAGUAAGUGUUUGGUAUUCCAGAGGAAGUAAACAUACAAAAUCACAUACCAAAGAGCUCAAUCAUCAUGUCACUCUUGCCAUUCAGAAUAUAACCAUGGAAAUGUGUUAUAAGGCAGCAAGGAAAUUGAUAAACCUAUUAAGAUAGGUUCAUUCCUGAAGGACAUCAUAUCCAGACUGUGUAAUAAUACAAGCAAUAGAUGUUCUCUAUUUAAUUAUCAGAACCUCUUUAAAAUGAAAGUAAAUGAUAUUUUGAGCAUUAUUAUUUGUAAAACACAAUUUAAAAUUAAUCAUUAACUUUGUACUAGAUCAAUUCUUAAUUUAUUAAUUCAGAUAGUUAAUUAAUUUGUCUCAUUACUUGUGUAUAUAUUUUUACAUUCAAUUAUUUGUGUAUUGUAUAGUUAUGUUUAGUUGUUAAAAAAUGUUUUAGUUACAUAUUUUUAGUAAUUUAUUAUCAGUUGUAAGUUCUACAAAAUGUUAAUCUAGAUAUGUAAAUAAACUUGUGAUACUUGUGAGUAAAACAUUUGUGAUAA